UUAAAAUAUCUUUCGUAACGUAUCUUGCAGAAAGCACUAUUCUUAAAUUUCACAAAUUGCUUCUAAGACACUCAGCGCUAUUAUAAUAACAAACAAUAAAUCAGAAUCCUAUGCGUAGGUCCAACCAACCAGAGAUUGAUAGCAUGGAGUACGAGGAAGAAGUCUCGUUCAUUAUUUGACGUCAUCAUAGAGACGCCGACGUCUCAUUAUACAUAUACGGAGAGGCAUAAACAACGCGCGAUCUACUUAUUUUAUGUAACACGCAGAAGUAUAAGAAACAAAGCAUUGAGUUGUUGCACGCGCCGGUAUAGAACGAUCGAAAAUCGGUAUGCGACAUCUUUCGUUUUUGCCAUAUUGCUAUAUUUACUCCGAAUUUGUAAAAAAGAAGCUUCGUCCUCCUUUCCAGAAAUUCAUCAGAGUCUCCGUUGCUCUCCCACUCGUCCUUCAUAAUCGAACCUACGCCUGGUCACGUAGGCCAUAAUAUACCCUCCCCUGCAAAUCUUUCCCUGCAGCAGUACAUCUGCAAGUCUAAACUUACCUGAAACUCAGUAUCAGUUAGGUAUGCCUACAAGCCGGUCAAAGGACGCACAUCAGCGCAGUCGAUCCUUGCCGGUCAGUCGCUCGACGCACAACAUAGGAUCCAGUAGUCAUCGUACAGUGUACAAUAAGUGCUCAUAGUUUGCGUAGUAGUGUCGCGGUGGUGGGGACGGGAUCGCAAUAUCAUAAAGCCGUAAGAACUCAGGCCGUGGGCUUGAAUAGACGAGGCGGCGUUGAGCCGAGAACACCAUACGAUCGACGAUUUUCUCUCCCUCUCUCUCGGCUCUCUUCCUCGGACGACACAGUCUCUUUCUUUUUGCCGAAGAAAGUUAGAAGAAAGUUAGAGCAAAUUGUUAAGGUGAGCGAGAGAGGAAGUUCGAAAAGCCACGCCAUUUUCAACACUUCGAUGGUAAACAAUUGAAUUGAAUACCAAAGUCGAAGAUGCUGGUGAAAUUCUACGCGCUGAGCGCGCUGCUGUUCGUUGCGGUGCAAGCGCAAUCCUACUCGCGCUUGGAGAACCUGACCGCGACGCCGGAGUGUCGCUGGUUGUUGAAGUUCAACAACACGAGCGCCGGAAAGGAGACCAAGGCGUCUUGCUCGUUGAAUUCGACGCUUUGCAACAUCCAGGACCAGAAGAUCAGAAGCGACAAGUCGACUAAAGAGAAGAAGGUGGAUGGGAAGUUCUGGUACGAGAACGUGCCGCUACCCCCGAUCGAGGUCGCAAGCUCGGCAGAGACGCUUCCCGACGGCGCUUGCAGACGCCAACUGAGGAAGUACCUCGAGGAUCUCAGGAAUGGCAGCAUGUGGGCCACGCAGAUGUUCGACGCCUCGGCCAAGUACCCAUACGGCAUAAUCGACGGCCAGACGAGACAUCUGGGCAGCUUCGACCAGUGCUAUAGAAUCGACGCACAGGUUCGAGGAGCCGACGGAUUUGAGAACGUCAAGGGACGCUACUGCUUGGUGGACUACAAGUACGAGCAGAGAGAUGCAUCGGCCGACUUCAAGGGCAAGCUCAACUUCGAAUUCGAUCCCAAUGAGUCCGUUUGGGAAGCUAUCAGGGAAAAGGGCGACUUCCGUCGCAUCCGUCGUUACAUGCUGCAGAUGGCCCUGUGCGUACCCGCGGCCUGUAGUGCCGAGGAUGUGCAGCAGGCCCUGCAGGGCCCGUUCGAGUCCUACGCAGCCAAGAACAAUCUCCUGGUCAAGGUCAGCGUCGAUCCGAACAACUGCCAGGCAUAUCACGAGGAACCGGAAUUCUCCACUGGCGCCUUUGUCUACUGCUGUGUGCUGUUCAGCAUCUUCGCUCUCGUGGUCGUAGCGAGUCUCUACGACGGCACGUUGAGCACCGAAGAGGAGAAGCUGGGCACCUCUAGGGGUCGUCAGCUGCUGCUUUGCUUCUCGGCAAAGCGCAAUCUGCACACGAUCUUCGAGGUCAGAUACAAGCAUCGCGGAUUGGAUACCAUUCAUUUGCUCAGAUUCGUAUCCAUGUGCUUGGUAGUGGCUGGGCACAGGAUGAUGCAGUACUAUCUCAACACUGUCGUCAAUGGGAGAAACCUUGAAAUCACAUACGACGUCCCGUCGUUCGUGAUGGUGCACAAUGGUCCCAUAAUCGUCGACGGCUUCUUCGCUAUCGGAGGUCUUCUCGCCUGCUACGGCCUCUUGGAUCAGUUCGACAAGACAAAGCGCAUGAACUUCGUCGGGCUAACCCUGAUCCGUUUCCUCAGAUUCACGCCGGCUUACGCUUUGCUGAUCUUCUUCAACGCCUACCUCUUCCCGCACAUGGGCUCCGGGCCGCAGUGGAAGUCGAAGAUCGGCGUCGAGGCCGAGAACUGCGCUGCGACCUGGUGGGCACAGCUGUUCUACCUCAACAAUUACAUGACGAUGGACAGAAUGUGCAUAUUCCAGUCGUGGUACCUGGCGGUCGACUUCCACUGCUACCUGAUCGGCAUCGCUCUGAUCUACGCGUUCUGGAAGUAUCCUAGACGAGUCGGCUACUCUAUUCUCGGCACAGCGACCUUCAUCAGUAUUUUGAUACCUUUCUACCUCACCUACGUCUACCGCAUCCAGCCGCUAUUCAUCGGAUUCCCUUACUUGAACGAUCUGCAGAUAGAUCCGUACUUCGUGCAUUACUACGUCAAGUCCCACCUGCGCAUGACGGCGUACCUCGUGGGAAUCGUCUCCGGAGCCAUUCUCUACGACUACCAGAAAGCCUCUUGGCGUAUUUCUAAGAGAUUGUCACAGGGUCUCUUCAUCCUGCUGGUGGUAUUGCUGAGCAUCUACUCCCAGUCUCUGGGCUACCAGUACUACAACCCCAACUCGAAUCCGUCCUCGCUCGAAAUGGCCCUCUACGCCAGCCUCCACCGUGGCACCUUUGCCGCGAGCUACUGCGCCAUUAUCCUGCUCAUCACCAUGGGUGAUGGAUUAGAUUUGCACUACAACUUCUUAACGCCGGGCUGGGCCCAACCGCUCGGUCGACUGACCUACAGCGUCUUCCUCUCGCACAACAUCCUCCAGUCGUACGACGCCGGCUCUGUCAGGAGCGCCAGGACGUUCAGCGUUUGCAACACGUUCUGGGACUCGAUACCCGACGUUGUCUGCUCCUUCUCACUGGCCCUGCUGAUCGCGAUCGGUAUCGAGGGUCCGUUCAGAAAGCUGGAGAAGUACCUUAUCGUUAAGAGAUCGAAGAACACACCGAUCCCUGCGACGAAUAGCAAUAAGGAGACGGAUAUGAACAGCGUGAAGACGAUAGAGGAGCUGUCGACGGAGAAACUAGCGGAUAAAUUAGAUUAGUUGUUAUAGACGCGACGUGUGUUCCGAGAGAAAGUGAUACGUAAUUCUGUGGAUUACGUAGAUUUGUGAUUGUGAUGAACACUUUGUGCGUCUGCGAUGUGCGUAGACGAUUGUGCGAUUCGAGUGACUGAGCUGUGUAUAUAGAUUGUAAAUAUUUAUACAUAGAGUUAUAAUAAAACUACCAUUUUGCUAUUAA